AUGCUAAAUUUGUAUCCUCUCCAAAAGGGAUAUCGUGUUCAGUACGACGAGUUGCUAGAUUUUUUGCUAACAAACAUUCGUGAAAGAUUCAACCAGCUAAGGCAAAAGCAUACUGAAAUCGCCGAAUGGAUGUCCAGGGGAGAAGACCCGUGGUUCUGCUUCAAGUUUUUCGACCGGCUCGAAUGGGUUCCUAAUGAUAGCCGGACUUUCUUGGUACAAAAUCAUAUACAGCGUAUCAAUGCUCAGUUGGAGAUUAGACAGAAAACACGAACGGCUAUGAGCAUUACUACCCCCGAGGGUAAAACGGUAGCUCGCCCACACGCUAUAGAAGGUUUUCUCUCAAGAAUUACUAACACAUCUGGAGAAAAAAUAUCCAAUUUGCGUGCGUUCUUUAAGAUCCAAUAUUUUCACACAGCCAAAAAUGUUCUAUUUUUUGGCAAGUUGUUUCUGGCUGUUCCACCUUCCCCUAAGAAUGCUUUGAUGGAUACUGAGCUUACGCGUGAAAACAUGCCUCGAAUGCCGGAAGUUUUUCUCCGUAACCCGUUUGAGGUCGAUGAAGAUGGCCAUAUUCAUUGGCUUGCCUCCGAGAAAUUCGAUGAAUACGACCGAGAAGCUGCUGAAGAAUUUAGUAGAAGAGUUCAGCAAGUUUUGAAGGCAGACGCGGCGGUAGACUUAUGUUCGGUAAGAGAAGUUUCUCCAAUACGACCAGAAGAAAUUUCCAACCAAAUCCUCUUCUUGCAAUCGUUUUUAUGGCAUGCAAGUACUACUUUGAUUAAGGAUGAAAACCUUAUGGACUGCGGGUUUCAAAUCUUACUUUUGAAUGGUAGCAGCUUGAAGUUACUAGCGCCGUCAAGAUUCAUAAGGGACCAAUGGGUCGCCAGACUUGGCAAGCUUGUUGAAUAUUGGCGGGGAAGAAGAACGUGUACGCUUUUGAGUCAACUCGAAGUCAGACGAAGUAAUAUGGAAAAAUUUGGGAUCCAAGAACACGUUGACUCAAACGCCACAAGUGAACUCCAGGGAUUUUUUUCUCAGUCAUCAUUAGCGAAUGACGCUCUAUUCACUAUUGGUACGCUUUCUAUGCCUACUAGCCUAGUACACAGUGGUUAUGUAUAUCACAAGUUCAGAAAGCAUUCUGAUUUCAGCCAGCGUUUCCUAGUUUUAAGCCCCGGAUACCUUCUCAUUUUUAAUUUGUUCAAAAGGUCAAAAGUUACUGGUGUUUGGAAACGAACGCCAUGUUACGAGCAUUACAUGACUCUUCCAUUAUCACUGUGUUAUGUAUAUGGCGGGGAGCUCACACUUCAAGAUUUGGUUGACAAGAACGACAUUCAUGGACCCGGGCAGGACCAACUUGCACGGUUCUAUCCCGAUGGGUGGAAGUCUUCAGAGGAGGAUACUGAGCGUUGUUUCACAAUAUGGUAUGGUAAAAAAAGAAAACUUCGGUAUGCUACUGGCAAGGAUGCAUUGGGUAAUAAGGGAAAGAAAAAUCCCCGAUUUUUGACAAUGGUACGAAAACUGGGUAUGACUGGCAAAAAGAUGGUUUUCAUGUGUAGAUCGAGGCAGGAAAGGGAGUUAUGGGUACACAGUAUUGCUACUGAAAUUGAUCGUUUCUCUGCGAAGUAA